AUGGAUAAUCGGAGAGUACUUCCGGAAAAAAAGCCCGAUCUAGAGUUUUACUUGCAUCGUGUCUUCCGCAAAAAGUCAUUCCGACCACUGCAGCGAGAGGUGAUCUCUGCUGUCGCUGAAGGCCAUGAUGUCUUUCUUCAGGCCUCUACCUCCUUUGGCAAAAGUCUUUGCUUUCAACUUCCGGCCGUCAUGGGCACUGGGUUGACUAUUGUCAUUUGCCCUCUUCUUGCGCUGAUGAUGGACCAAGUCAAUGCCCUCCAGGCAAUUGGUGUGGCUGUCUCGACUAUAAACUCAAACACGCCUCUGGCCGAGAGACGUCUCAUCCUGGACGAUAUGCUCUCGGGCCAUCCUCGCACUCGACUUCUCUAUGUGACGCCCGAGCUUUGCCAAACUGAUAGUUUCCGCCGGAAUCUUCAGGUAGUUCACAAGCAGGAGCAAUUGAACCGCAUUGCUAUUGAUGAAGCCCACUGUAUCAGUGAAUGGGGCCAUGACUUCCGCCCAGCAUACCAAGAACUGGGCUGGUUCAAAAAUAAUCUCAUCAACCCGGCCGUUCCCAUCACUGCACUCACUGCUACGGCCACGCCGCGUGUUCGCUCAGACAUAAUCAACAUGCUAGGUCUUGACACUGCAAAGCUUCGACUAUUCAACACGCCGUCUGCUCGUCCGAACAUCCACUACGAGGUCCGAUACCUAGAAGACUAUUCCGACGAUGGAGAUUCUCAAAUCCACAAUCUUCUCAAGUGGCUCAAGGCAAUUCAAACCCGACGCGCCGCGCGUAUUGGCGCUGAAACCGCCGCCAAACUCCCACCGGUAUCAGGCAUCAUCUACGUUGGGCUUCGCGCUAUGGCAGAACAGCUUGCUGUCGAGCUUUCGCGAGAGAGUAGCGUGUCUGCAGUUGCUUAUCACGCUGGGUUAGCCCCACAAGAACGAACUCGGAUUCAAACACUGUGGACCUCGUCACAACCAUGUGAACAAUCCAAAGAUGGGAGCGCCUCGCCAGCCUUCUCGAUUAUUGUCGCAACCAAUGCGUUCGGAAUGGGUAUUGACAACCCACAUGUCCGCUUCGUGGUGCACUGGACACCGCCUCGCAGUUUCGAAGGCUUUGUCCAGGAAUCUGGCAGAGCAGGUCGUGACGGCCGAGCUGCUGCAUCACUCGUAUACUACAAUACGCAAGAACGAGACCGGAUUCAUGACCGUCUCUGUCGGGAUGCGGAAAAUGUUAAGAAUCGCGGCGGGCCGAGACAACAUGUUGAUAGCUUGUUGAAUAACCAGACGGCCCGGCUCGAGAGCUUCCAGAAGGUGAUUCGCUAUUGUGACAGUAUUUCCAAGUGCCGGCAUGAUAUGAUCAAAGACCUUUUUGGUGAUUUUGAAUUGGAGGAAAUGGGGUCGCAGCAGCCGCCCUCAUCGCAGGCAAUCGGAAUCGGCUCGUCGCCCUGUGACUUUGCUUGUGACUUUUGCAAAGAAGGUCGAGGUGGGCUGGCGAAGAGGAAGAGGAAGAUGGUGCCCGAUUACAGGAUGGAGGUCAUGUAUGAAGGUUAUGACUGA